UCCAAUACACACAAAACAAGGACAUGGAUUUUGUGCGAAACAGAAACAAAUGGCUACCACUUUGUUGUCCGUACACCGUUUUCUUCCCUCACAAAGGAGAGAAAAUGUUGGAAACUUGAGUGCUUUCAGGACUUCAUUGUGUGGACAAGUUGCGUUCAAUCCAAAUUUGUCUGGGAGACAAAUUGCAGGAAGCUAUAGAAACCGUUUUGUUGUUAACUCACUGUUUGGAAGGAAGGUGAAGAGUAAAGUCAGAGAGACUGUAAUUCCUGAACCAGAUUAUAGGAUUCCAAUUGUGCUACUUGGUAUAGCUGGUGGGUUGGUUUACACAGAUAAUCUAGUGCCUGCAGUACCUGUUGGUCUCCUUGGACUGCUUUUGUUGUUCCAGACCACUAGAGUGAGAUUCGUCUUUGAUAAUGAAGCUUUGGAGGUAAAGAUAGGCGAUCAGCUCCAGGAAUCAGGUGAGAACGCUUUUGUGGGUGGAAAAAAUCGCUGGAAGUACUCAACCUUUGUUAAUUGGGAGUUCUGGUGGCCAAACUUCCCUAUCUUGGUUUACUUCAAGGAAACACAAACAAAACCCGAAGGACAAAUUCAUUUCUUCCCGAUAAUCUUUAAUGGAAAGCAGCUUUAUGAUGUUAUGGUGGAAAGAGCUGGCACUUCAAAAACUAGUGGCCCGACAGAAUCCUAAAGACUUUGUUGUGUGGCUAGAACCUCAGAAUUGCAGCUAUGAAACCAUAGAAAUCCUAGGAGUCUUGCAAAGUGGUUUCUGAAGUUUGGGUUGUUCUUUGUGGCUAAUGGAAGAUGACCAAGACUUAUUGUUUCCCUUCCAUGCAGUGAUCUCAGAUGUUUCAAGUGGCAAACAAGUUUUAUUUUUAUGGUAAUGGUGGCAAACAAGUUGAAGCUUACUAAACACUUCAUUUAUUAUUUAUUUAGUCUUACUAGCACAUAAGAAUAGUACAUCCUAUUUUUUUGAGCUAGCCAGUUAUUUACUUUAUUCUGGAGCACAUACAAUUUCAAAGCACCAAUUUAUAUAAAUUAUUUACUUUCAUAGAUCA